AGUUUUAAUAAAAAAUUGAAGAAAAAUUUUCGAACGAAGCACUAGAAAUGAUGAAGGACGUAAUAUAUAUCUAACCUAUAAUAGGUUACAACUGGAUAAGAAAAACUACAUCAUCGACAAGACCUCUCAAAAUUUCGACCCAAAUUUAUUUUAAAAUCUCAUAUAAAAACUUUGUUCUCAACUUGCAUUCAACAACUCACUAAUAAUUCCUAAUUGAAAUGACGAUGACGUCAUUAUCGACUCCGCCCUCUUCUAACAAUAGACGUCUCAGUGAACCCAGAGUUAGCCUUACUAAAAAUAACUUGACCUCCAGGGGCUCAUUCUCAAACGCUCCUCCUCAGACCCACAUCUCAACACUUCCAGACAAGAUUUUCCACCACAUUUUCACUUACCUGAAACUCCGAGAACUCUGUAAGAUAUCACUCGUCUGUAAAAAAUGGCGUCACCUAGCCUACGAAGGCAAACUUUGGUCCAGAGUGUCACUCAGACCAGACCAUAAUGGACUGCAGGUUUCGAACCCGGACGUCUUGCUAUCGGUGAUAGCAAACCGUUUUGGACCAACACUGCACUACUUAGAGCUACCAGCCGAACUAAUAACACCAGCUGUCCUACACGAGAUCUCAAAUCGAUGCCCGAAUUUGAAAUUUCUGACUCUGGAUUUUUCAAACGCCAUGCAGUUGCACGAUUUCAACGACAUGAACAGUUUUCCUUGCAAUCUCACAAAUCUGACGAUCAGUCUGUCUGAGGUCAUCUUCAUGGAGGGUUUCAUGCGGAAAGUAUACCAGAGUCUGUCGUCUGUCGAGGUCCUCCAUCUAAUAGGAACCUUCGAGCUGGGCGAUGAAGAAAGUGAGGAGGUUUACGAAGUCAUAAACAUCGGUAAAAUAAAGGCAUACACCCCGAAUCUAAGAGUGGUCAAUUUAUACGGCAUCGGAUUCGUCGACGACAGUCACGUGGAUAUGCUUUCGACCAAUUGCAUUCAUCUGGAGUGUUUGUCCUUGAACUUUUGCCUGAAGGUCAAGGGUGGGUCACUGAAACAAUUGCUGCAGAGGUGCAAAAAAUUAAAGACCUUGUUACUUCAACACUGUGGACUGGAUAGUGAGCUGAUGAAACAGAUAGAAUGGGAUAAAUCAACUAUCCAGGAGUUGGACUUAUCCUCAACUGAGUUAUCCUCCGAGUGCCUGGAUCUCAUGCUGUGCCAGAGCAGAGCGUUCACUUACUUGGCAGUGGCUCACUGCGAAUUCUUCAACGAUGAUAUACUAUUGAGCAUGCUAGAAAAAGGUAGGUUGGACCGCAUCAGGGCGAUCGAUUUAAGCCACACCUGUAACGUCAGCGAUGCAGUCAUUGACAAGCUCAUCAGGCUGAAAGGCCGUUUCAUAGAAGGCUUGUUAUUGUACGGAAAGCCUAAGUUAACGGAGCAAUUCUUUCUGAAUGUCAUACCAUUUAUGAAAAAAAUCAAGAUUUUGGGAUGUGGCACUCCGAACGGAUGGUUCCUGAGGCUGAACAGUCGGAUCCACAUCGACCAAAUCGUCAUCUGCCUAUCCCAACAGAGCCAUUUCCUCGAGCGUCUCGAAAUCCAGUGGGAUCCCGAUACGAUACGCACUUCCGACAACAGCAGCAAAUUUGUCGACAUUCUGAGGUUGAGAUGUCCUUCCUUGAAAUCGUUCACCCUAAGUGAUGGCGAGUACUACGAGAUGGUGAAGUCGAAUUUCGAGAGAUCCGACAAGAUGACGGUAGUCAGGACGACGAAUAGUUACAGCACAUCCCUAGUUUCGUUACUAUCCUGUUACAGAGAUUUACUAUUCAACUGAAUACUGUUACAUCACUAUUAUGGGAUCUCGAUAUUUUAUUCUAUUGAUGGUUUAGAGUUUAAAUUAAAAGUUUUACGUUUCUUGAGAGAAAAUUAUCUUCGGUGCUGUUGAAAUUUUCAAUUUAAAAAUUAUUUUAUUUCGAAAUCAUUAGCAUCAUUAUCAUUGAAACGAUCAUCUUCAUCAUUAUUCAUCUCUCUCUCUCUCUCUCUUCUCUCUCUCUAUCUCUCUCAUCUCUUUUUUACUUUAUAUACAAAUAUUGAUAACAUGGUACCAAUUCAUUAGCAUACAUUUCAUAUUUCAUU